AUGUCUAGAAACAAAGAAAAGGCGCAAUCAGCAUUAAAUAGAUUCCAAGCAUAUAAAAACAAAGAAGCAGGAAUUUUACAAUCAGAUCCUUCAUUACGUCCAAAAUAUGUUCAAAAAGUAACUUCAAUCCCACAAGCUGAAAAAUGGCGAUCAACAAUCAUUUCAGAAAUUUCCACUAAACUUGCCAGGAUUCAAGAUCCAAUAAUAAAUGAAUCAACAAUACGAGAAUUGAAUGAUGAAUUGAAUCAAUUGUUUAAUCAAAAAAGAUCGUGGGAAUAUCAUAUAAAGAAUCUUGGUGGGAAUGAUUAUAUUCAUUUUGGUAAUGAUAAUGAUUUAACCAAAAGUGGAAUAAGAAUUAGAGGUGGAGGAGGUGAUGGAUCACAGAGUAAAGGAUAUAGAUAUUUUGGAAGAGCUAAGGAUUUGCCGGAUGUUAAGAAAUUAAUUGAAGCUCAGAAACAACAACGACUACAAGUGAAGAAAGGAGGUCAGAAACAACAACAAGUACAAGAAGAGAAUAAUAGGAAACAACGAAUAGAUUUAUCUUAUUAUGGAUAUUUUGAUGAAACCAAUUCUGAGGAUGAUCCACUUUUGGUUUAUGAAAAGAAAAGAUCAAACGAGUUGUUACCUCAAGAACCUAGAACGGAGUAUGACCAACCUCAAGAAGAGAUAAUAUAUGAUUUUGAAUCAAUACUUCCAACAAAUGAAAUGGUAUCUCAGUGGUUAGUUGAUAGAAGGCGAAAACAAUUGCUAGAAAGGAUUGGACAAAUAGAUUAA